AUGUUUCUCACAUUAAUGAUGCAGAGACCUGGAGCUUUGUGUUUAACUUCAUGGAUCACAGCAGGAACUGCAGUUCUGUGUUUAACCUUCUUCCAGUCAGCAGACUCCGGGUCGGACUGUGAGCUUGGCGAGAGGUGUGUUGGACAGAGCGAUGAAAACUUUAGCAGCUGGUAUGUGUGGUUCCUGGUGUUGUUUUUCCUGGCCCUGCUCCUGUCCUGCGGGAUCUGCUGCUGCCUGCAGUGCUGGCUGAGGCGCCGGAGCCGCCUGCCCCGACGCACCGUGGCUGUCUUUGCCCUCAGCAGCUCGGAUGCCUUCUGUGCUGCUGAAGCACCUCCGUGCCCAUUCUCCGGAUCCCUGAGCUCCUGCAGGACUGCAGAGAUUUCCUCUUCUCCUGCCUCAUGCUUCAGCCUUGGGGGAACUGAAUUGCCUCCAUCUUAUGAGGAUGUUAUGAAGGAAAACAAGCUCUAGACACCACAUGUUGGCUUUCAGGGAUCCUGCUUGGUUCAUCAGAGAUCUUCCAUCGUGCCAAAGGAGUGUGAGAUCAAAUCAGCCUUUUCCACAGGUCGGCUGAAAUUCUGAAAAGCAGCACAAUGAAAGACGAGACAAAAUGCAACAGAAUAAAUGCCAAAAGUAUGUAUUGAAUCUGUCACAGGAGUUCAGCUUGGCAUUUUGAUAUCUCUGGAUUUCAAGAAGCUUCCUCAAAGGCCUGAAUGCAUUUGGGGUUUCUGGCUCAGCCUCUAGAUUUAUCUCUCUAAGGCUGCUUGAGCUGGUGCAACCCCAUGUAUUUUAGGACCAAAUGUUGAUAAAUGACUUGGUAGUUACUUCUCAAGCUUGGGCUGCCUCCUUCACUCGGCACCGUGCCAAGAAACACCCUCUGGCAAAGUCAUGUUGUUCUAAUACAUUGCAAUGCAAUCAUGCCACUCUGUGAUGAAGGAUCGUUUGCCACAUUUAAAAUAUUUAGCACAGCAUAUCAGAUUUUUCUAGUGCAAAAGGCAGCAAAUUUAUGGCCAGGGAAGAGAAAACAAGAGACAGGGAUUAUGUAGGAGUAGCAGUGGUAGGAGCUGGUUACAGAACCUUAAAAAAAAUGAGUUUGCUCAUUUGAGCUGUUCUUAAUUUCAUGAUGAGUGUCCUCAGCUAGUCUUGCCCUAGCACUGCAGACCAGAAGGCUUUGACAGGCCCAGGACCCAUAUGGAAGUUCCCCACAGUCAUGAAUUAGGGGGUUAGGUACUUAGCACUUAUAUACAGAAAUCUAUUAGGAUAAAGAAUGCCAUUUCCUUUGAGGUGAUCGCUGCAGACAGGAUGGAAAAAUAAGAAGCCAUCCACACUGCUUUGUGCUCACACAGGAUCAUCUCAACCAAAGCCAUUCUUAGGAGGUAUUAGCCUAACUAGUUCUCAAAUUAUUGAAGAAAGAUGCUGAAUUUUCCCCUUAUCUGGAUUCCAGAUGAAAGCAAAGAUUCCCCUUUGUUUGUCAUGGACAGGUCACUGAAGGCUGAAUUCAGCCUGCCUGGGCUCUCUGCCUCUGCUCUCUCCAUGGCAAGGGAUGGGGGGCCUGUCAGACCUCUCCUGCUGCAGAAGGGAAUGUCAGCCCUGGUCCUGUGCUCCCAUAGAGCCAUGAGUCCAAUUUGGGCACCUGGGUCCAUCUGGGAUUAGAAUCUCAAAAUAUUAAUGGGAGUCCACAGCCUGCCUCAUGGAGCACCCACCUGUAGAGUGAGAUUAGCACCAGUUCCUGUGCUCAGGAAGGAAACUGGGAAGAUAAAUGCACUAAAGGUUAUCAUAUUCUCAUAAUGAUUCUGUGUAAGUACAUUUUUUAGAUAAA